AUGAAGAUUACUGUGGAUUUCGAGGAAUGUCUCAAGGAUUCUCCCAGAUUCAGGGCAAUCAUCGAGGAGGCGGAGAGCGACGUCUGUGAGCUCGAGUCCAAACUAGACAAGCUGGUGAAACUGUGCAUUGGGAUGAUCGACGCUGGAAAGGCGUACAACACGGCCAACAGGCAGUUUGUGAGCGGGAUUCGGGAGUUGGCGCAGCAGUCUGCCAAAGAUGAUGUGAUCGAGUCCAGUCUGAACAAGUUUGCAGAGAAUCUUCAAGAGAUGAUCAACUAUCACUCAAUUUUAUUCGACCAAGCACAACGAUCAAUCAAAUCACAACUGCAGGCUUUCAUUCGAGAGGACCUUCGGAAAUUCAAAGAAGCGAAGAAACAGUUCGACAAAGUGAGCGAGGAGAAAGAAGCAGCCCUGUCCAAAAAUGCCCAGGCGCCUCGAAACAAACAGCACGAGGUGGAGGAGGCCAGCACCACCCUCAACGCCACGCGCAAGUGUUUCCGCCACAUCGUCCUGGACUAUGUCCUGCAGAUUAAUGUGCUGCAGUCCAAGAGACGAUCAGAAAUCCUCAAAUCGAUGCUGUCCUUCAUGUACGCCCACCUGACCUUCUUCCAUCAAGGCUAUGAUCUGUUCAGUGAACUACAACCCCUCAUGAAACAACUGACCGGACAGCUGGAUCAGCUGGUGGUCGACUCCGCAAAAGAGCGGAAAGAUAUGGAGAUGAAACACUCGACUAUUCAGCAGAAGGACUUCUCGAAUGACGACACCAAGCUGGAGUACAAUGUGGAUGCAGAGAAUGGGAUCGUCAUGGAGGGAUAUCUGUUCAAGAGGGCCAGCAAUGCCUUCAAAACCUGGAACAGGCGGUGGUUCUCAAUUCAGAAUAAUCAGCUAGUGUACCAAAAGAAAUUUAAGGAUAACCCUACGGUUGUGGUGGAGGACUUGAGGUUAUGCACCGUCAAACACUGCGAGGACAUCGAGCGCAGAUUCUGCUUCGAAGUGGUUUCUCCAACAAAGAGCUGUAUGAUGCAAGCAGACUCUGAAAAACUCAGACAAGCCUGGAUCAAAGCCGUCCAAAACAGCAUCGCCACAGCCUUCAGAGACAGAGCAGAGGACGCAGAGAAGAUGGAUGGGAAGUCGUCCACGUCGCCGGUCAGCCUGGACGCGGCCGGCGAGGUGAAGGAGAGGAGUCUGAAGGGCGAGAGCGCGCUGCAGAGGGUCAUGGCCAUCGGCGGGAACAGCGUCUGCUGUGACUGUGGUCAGCCGGAGCCGUGCUGGGCCAGCAUCAACCUGGGCAUCACGCUCUGCAUCCAGUGCUCGGGCAUACACAGGAGUCUCGGCGUUCAUUUCUCGAAGGUCAGGUCUCUGACGCUGGACACGUGGGAGCCUGAGCUGCUCAAGCUGAUGUGUGAGCUGGGAAAUGGUGUCAUCAAUCAGAUCUACGAGGCUCGGCGGGAAGAAUUAGGAGCCAGGAAACCACAACCAGGAGAUCCCAGGCAAGAGGUGGAGGCCUACAUCAAAGCCAAGUACGUGGAGCGCAGGUUUGUGCGGAGACGCCUCGAAGACGAGAUCAGACAGAAGGUUUUAUCUCUGAGUCAACAGCACAAACGUCUCAGCGGCUGCUCUGCCAGAGCACCGUCAGCGUCUGCUUCCUCAGUGAACCACGAGUCUCUCUUCUGUGUAGAUGAGCUUGAUUCGCUCUUCUCCUACUUUAACUCCUCCGCCAGACCCUGCUGUCAUGGCCCAGAGCUGCACAUCUCCGAGCCUCAGGAGGAGGGCUGUGGGAGAGGUGUGGGGGUGUCCUCCGAGCCUCAAGAGGGGGCGUCCUGCACGCCGUCACCGGGCCUGCAGCUGUACUGGGCCUCUUUCUGCCGCAGUCUGCCGGACAUGGCCGAAGCUCUUGCUCAUGGAGCAGGAGUCAACUGGACCCACGCUGACGAGCAGAACAGGACGCCGCUCAUAAUGGCUGUGCACGGGGGGUCUCUGGUCACGUGUGAGUUCCUGCUCCAGAAUUCAGCCAGUGUCAACCAGCAGGACAGUCUGGGCAGAGCACCUCUCCAUCACGCCACUAUCCUGGGCCACACGGGGCAAGUGUGUUUAUUUCUAAAACGGGGAGCCAAUCAGAACGCAGCGGAUGUGGAGAAUCAGACGCCGCUUUCAAUCGCCGUCCAGGCAGCUAACGCUGAUAUUGUCACGCUGCUUCGGCUGGCCAAGAUGAACGAGGAGAUGCGUGAUUCAGAAGGAGAUGAGACGUACCAGGACAUCUUCCAAGACUUCUCGCAGAUGGCAUCAAACGACCCUGACAAGCUCAACCGCUACUGAGCAGGUUCACACCACAACAACCUCCUUCUGAACUGCAAUUUGGGAUUGUUUUUUUUUUUAUUGCUAGGUUUUGUCUUAAUUGACGAUUUUUUUAAUGAAAUCAAUGUCAUUGACACUUGCAUUUUUAUUGUAAUUGUAGAUUUAAUUGAUGAAUCCAUUGGCUGUAUCUAUACGGAUUAUCAGAUGAAUGUGUGUUAUGUAAUGUUUGAGCCGUAGGGCUUCAUUUAUGAGACGUGCUGAAUGAAUUUGUGUUCGUAAAUGCAGUUGGUUUUUACAAACAGAUUGGUUCUGCUCGUGUUUAGCAAAUGAGGUGUUUUUAGCUAAAUAGCACGUUUUGGUAAACUGCAAUGGUGUCUGGUUGUAGAGCGAGGUUACAUAAUAUCAAUUAUGAAAACUAUUCUUUCAUUAAGUCGUGUACUUGUUCAUUUUUGAAAGAGAAAAUCUUGUGAAAACUGGAUUUAGCAUGAAUGCCCCACUUUCUUUAUAUGUCCAAACAGUAUAGAAAUGAAACCAUGGUGUAAGGGGUGUAAAUUGUGUAUAUUCUGUACAUAUGUCAUCUUGGGCUGGGACAUUGUUUUUUUUUUUUUUGUGGUACUUCAAAUGUUGUAAUAAGCUUGAUUUGUUUUUGAUGUGUUUUAUUUUUUGCCCCUGUAUUCAUUCUGUAAUCAUCUCUGUAUGAUCCAUGCAGUUUUUACGAUUUUAUCCACUGCCAAUAUCUGACUGAAAAUAUAUUAUAAAUUGUUUUCGCUAUAAU